CUUGCCCAAAUCAUAACUCAGAAUCGCCACUGAAGAACACAACACAAGAUAGUGAGAUUGCAGAAAUUCACUCAAAGUCACAAUUCACAGGCACCACACCGAUCUCCAUUAAAAGAUCAGUAAAGGUACGUUUGGAUUCACGGGUCAUCAAGCGUUUUCCAGUUCAAAAGUUCACAAGCCACGCAUAGACUACCCUCCACACCUACCAAUACCAACGCGUCAAUUUCUCCUCUUCUCACUUCUUCUCCCUCAAAUCUUACUUUAUUGUGUUUGGAGUUUGGACCUCAAAGAGGCCGUUUUUGCUAGACAUGUCUCUGGAGUCCGCCUCUGCUUCUGCUGAUCAUCAUAUCAGAGCCGUGCCCACCCAUGGUGGACGCUAUGUUCAGUAUAAUGUGUUUGGUAAUCUCUUCGAGGUGUCAAGGAAGUAUGUCCCUCCGAUUCGGCCCGUGGGCAGAGGCGCUUACGGUCUCGUUUGUGCUGCUGUGAAUGCGGAGACACGUGAGGAAGUUGCCAUUAAGAAGGUUGGCAAUGCAUUUGACAACAGAAUAGAUGCCAAAAGGACCUUGCGAGAAAUUAAACUUCUUCGACAUAUGGACCAUGAAAAUGUGAUGGCCCUCAAAGACAUCAUACGACCUCCACAGAGGGAGAACUUUAAUGAUGUAUACAUGGUUUAUGAGUUAAUGGACACUGAUCUGCAUCAAAUAAUACGUUCCAAUCAACCAUUGACUGAUGAUCAUUGUCGGUAUUUCCUGUAUCAGUUGUUGCGGGGUCUAAAAUAUGUACAUUCAGCAAAUGUUUUGCACCGUGAUCUAAAGCCUAGCAAUUUGCUCUUGAAUGCCAAUUGUGACCUUAAGAUUGGAGACUUUGGUCUUGCUAGAACUACAUCUGAGACUGAUUUUAUGACUGAGUACGUGGUUACUAGAUGGUACCGUGCUCCAGAAUUGCUUCUUAAUUGUUCAGAAUAUACUGCAGCCAUUGAUAUAUGGUCUGUAGGUUGCAUCCUCGGUGAAAUCAUGACAAGACAACCUCUCUUCCCUGGCAAAGAUUAUGUUCAUCAGCUGAGACUGAUCACAGAGCUUAUAGGGUCACCUGAUGAUGCCAGCCUGGGAUUUCUACGAAGUGACAAUGCCCGUAGAUAUGUAAGACAGCUUCCACAAUAUCCAAAGCAACAAUUUUCUUCUAGAUUUCCAAACGUGUCUCCUGGUGCUGUUGAUUUACUGGAGAAGAUGCUUGUUUUUGAUCCAAACAGGCGUAUUACAGUUGAUGAGGCUUUAUGUCAUCCGUACUUGGCACCUCUCCACGAUAUCAAUGAGGAACCUGUUUGCCCUAGACCUUUCAGUUUUGAUUUUGAGCAACCAACAUUCACUGAAGAAGAUAUCAAGGAACUUAUCUGGAGAGAAUCUGUGAAGUUCAAUCCUGAUCCCCCAAUUCACUGAUAUUUGCAUUCUCUGCUCCUGUGUAUGCUUAGUGAAAUUCUGUAUGGUUAGAUGGAAGGUUGUUAGUUGUCCACUAGAGUUAAAAUAUAUAUAUAUAUAUAUAUAUUUCAAAAGUACAGAUUGUUGGGAGUUGUCCGUGAUUCAACUCUCAUCUUACAUUCUUGUUUGCUUGUAUUAUUGAGAUCUCUCCUGGAGAGGAUCAGAAGCUAAGCAGCGUUCUGCUUUGGAAGUUCUCACAAUAUUUAAUAGCGCCAACUUCUUGUUUUA